UAUUGUGUUGCGAUACUGGGAGUCGGAUAGACAAUGGCCACCGCACCAAAGGUUACCUUUUGUUCUUCGAGCCUUCAUCAUCUGUGCAGGAAGGCACCACCUUCUCUCGCACCGAGAUCUCUGUCGACCAAUUCCUCGACGUGCUUCCAGUUCAGAACCUUAACGUCUGUCUCUGAUAGCCGUCGUUUUUUCAUUGCGUGCCGGCGGUUUACAGUUCGGGCGGAGUCUGAAAACGGCGCGGAGCCUCGACACUACGAUUUCGACCUUUUUACGAUUGGUGCCGGGAGCGGUGGUGUGCGGGCGUCGCGUUUCUCUGCAAGUUAUGGUGCUUCUGUUGCGAUCUGCGAGCUUCCGUUUGCUACUAUUUCUUCCGAUAAAGCUGGUGGUGUCGGCGGAACAUGUGUACUUCGGGGAUGUGUUCCAAAAAAAUUACUUGUUUUUGCAUCCAAAUGCUCCCAUGAUUUUGAAGAGAGCUGUAACUUUGGAUGGAAAUAUGAGGCCAACCCUACUCAUGAUUGGAGCACCUUGGUUGCUAACAAGAAUGCUGAGUUGCAACGCCUUACCGGAAUCUACAAGAAUGUUCUGAAAAAUGCAGGUGUAGCAUUAAUUGAAGGUCGUGGAAAGGUUGUAGACCCACACACUGUAGAUGUGGAUGGGAAACUAUACUCAGCAAGACACAUACUAAUAGCAGUUGGUGGACGGCCGUUCAUUCCUGAUAUUCCUGGAAGUGAGUAUGCUAUAGACUCUGAUGUGGCCCUUGAUUUACCCUCAAAACCUGAGAAGAUUGCAAUAAUUGGGGGUGGGUACAUUGCUUUGGAGUUUGCUGGCAUUUUCAAUGGUUUGAAAAGUGAGGUGCAUGUGUUUAUCCGGCAAAAGAAAGUUUUAAGAGGCUUUGAUGAGGAGAUCAGAGAUUUUGUUGCAGAACAGAUGUCUGUAAGAGGAAUUGAGUUCCACACAGAGGAAUCACCCCAGGCAAUUCUAAAAUCAGUAGAUGGUUCACUAUCUCUGAAGACCAAUAAAGGAACUGUUGAUGGUUUCUCACAUGUCAUGUUUGCAACAGGGCGGAGACCAAACACAAAGAACUUAGGACUGGAUAUGGUUGGGGUGAGAAUGACCAACAGUGGAGCAGUAGAGGUUGAUGAAUACUCCCAAACAUCAGUUCCUUCAAUUUGGGCGGUAGGUGAUGCUACUGAUAGGAUAAAUUUAACUCCAGUUGCAUUGAUGGAGGGGGUAGCAUUUGCAAAAACUGCUUUUUGCAAUGAACCAACAAAACCAAACUAUAGAGCUGUACCAUCUGCUGUUUUUUCCCAGCCACCUAUUGGACAAGUUGGACUUACCGAGGAACAGGCUAUCCAACAAUAUGGUGAUGUUGAUGUCUUCACCUCCAACUUCAGGCCGCUGAAGGCAACCGUAUCUGGACUUCCAGACCGGACCUUCAUGAAACUUGUAGUCUGUGCAAAGACAAAUAAAGUUCUAGGGCUUCACAUGUGUGGAGAAGAUGCACCAGAGAUUGUGCAGGGGUUUGCAGUUGCAGUAAAAGCUGGAUUAACUAAGGCAGACUUUGAUGCCACAGUGGGUAUUCACCCCACAGCAGCUGAGGAAUUUGUUACAAUGAGGACGCCUACUCGAAGGAUCCGAAAGGACCUUCCAUCAGAGGGAAAGAUUGAUGCAAAGGUCAAAGCCAAAGCGAAAGUUUAGCAUGAGAUCCAACAACCUCUGAAGAAUCUGGUUCUGUUCAAACUGGUUCGGCCCAAUUUUAAAACAUUGGACUACCCCACGAGCAAUGCUCCCAUGGUAAAUCAUCUAUGCUAAGAACCUACUCAGUAAGAUUAUAUCUGGUACAAUUUUUUUUUCUCGUGUAUUUUUUUUGUCAUCCUUUAUGACUCAAAGUUAGAUCAAUAUAAUAUAGAUCAAAGAGGAACUUUCUUCCAGCCAGAUUUGUCUUUCAGCAUUUAUGUCGGACCAAUCAAAUAAUUUCAACUGCAGCCUUGGAAAAUUUCUGCAUAUAGAUGUAUGCUGAUGAUUUACCUGGCAAUUACUUUGCAUUUCUUCUUGCAUAAGUGCAAUUUCCUGGCUUUCUGGGGUUACUAUAUUCCUUGGAUAAAUUGCCCAACAGUAUAAGGCACAUGUAUAAUAUUCUUAACUAUUUUUAUUUUAGUUAAACUGUAAUCUCUUGCAGACAAGAUGUGGAACAGAAAGAAAGAUAUGGAUUCUUGAUAUUUGUCUUGAUUAAAAUUUCUGAGGCCUACAGUGUUUGCAGACAUAUUCUUUGUUGUGGAUUAAAGAUACUUGUAAAAUUGCUCUGAUUAUGGGCCUUGCAC